CAAACAGAGCGCGAACCACAGACAAGGGGCAACGAGACGGUGGGCAGGACGAAGGGAAACGAGGCAGAACUAGGAGAUAAAAAGCACCAAAUCAGAGGUGUGUAAUAGUGGAAAAAGGGGAGUCAGGAGAGGAAAGGAGAGCGGUGACUUGUGGACCAAAGAGGCAGAGAAAUAAAGACGUGAAGAAGGGAAAGAAAAGAGGGGUGGGGGGGGCGAAAGGAGAGCGGCACACUGUAAAAACGAGUGAAAGCGAGAAAGUGAGACGUGACAGACUGACAGACAGAGCGCUGAUCAUCCGGGAACCUCAGAUAAGAUGCGUGCGUCCCUGCUGCUCAGCUGCUGUGUCCUGGCGGUGACACACUCGUUCCUGUCCUCGGCCCACAUGGUCCCCGAUGAGACUCUGUCCACCAACAGGGUGGUGGUCUCCAACGCUCUGUCCCAUAGUCUGGACGUGGGGACACCAUCUGUUGUUAUUGUAGAGUUGCCAAAAUCAGUGAGGAAGAACAAGAAAACAAAGAAACAAAAAAAGAACAAGUUUGGGGUGAAGAAGCGCCCCCCCCCUCCUCCUGACUGUAUUCCCUUGUGGGGAAGCUGUAAAUCUCCGAGCAAUGUCUGCUGUGAUUUCUGUGCUUUCUGCCAGUGUCGGCUCUUCAGAACUGUGUGUUUCUGUCGGAUGGGCAACCCCGGCUGCCCAUGAAAAGCACUUUAUUACCGAGGACUGCCACGCAGUGAACUUUCUGAACCUCUAACAGGGUGUAACUGCUUAUAGGACUGCUACGACACUCGAAUAUUAAAGUUGUUAUCCCACUUUGAGCUUUUUUUUUAGCAUGCAUAAAAUGGAUAUGUUUGCUCAAACUAUUGCUUUAUUUUUUACACAGAAAUACAUGAAUGCUCAGUACCAAAUAUUUUAUGAAGCCUUAUAAGAAUAAAGUCCAUGUGCUAUGUUUUAUAUAAACAGUGUAUUUGUUUUAUUUAAUGAAUUCACAAAUAUUUACAGUUGUCAGUACAAUACUUUAUAACUUCCUCAACUCAGAUCUAAAGAUCUAAACCCCCCCUGGGGCCGGAUUCACAAAAG